AUGGAGACCCAGAGAGUCCAGUCCUCGUACCGCCGACGCUUCGGGACCCAGACGGCACCCGCCCUGCGCCUGUCGUCCGCGCGCCUGUCGUGGCACGGCACCCCGAGGAGCCUCACCCACUCCAGCCCCGUCUCCAGGAUAUCGCUUUCAUCUUCGAUGGGCUCGCUCCUCCUGGGCAGCCCCGUGGACCGUCUGGACUUCUCGGCAGACUCCGUCCUCAAGGCCCAGUUCAAGGAGACCAGGACCAACGAGAAGGUGGAGAUGAUGGGCCUGAACGACCGCUUCGCCAGCUACAUCGAGAAGGUGCGUCUCCUGGAGCAGCAGAACAAGCUCCUGGUGGCCGAGGUCAACCAGCUGAAGGUGAAGGAGCCGAGCCGCGUGGGCGAGAUGUACCAGGAGGAGCUGAGGGAACUGAGGCGCCAGGUCGACCAGCUGACCUCCGCCAAGGCCCGCGCCGAGGUCGAGAGAGACAACUGCACGACCGACCUGGACAAGCUCAAACACAGGCUCCAGGACGAAAUGAAUCUGAGACAAGAAGCAGAAAACAGCCUCCAGGCCUUUAGACAGGACGUGGACGAGGCGGCUCUGAGUCGGGUGCAGUUGGAGCGAAGGAUCGAGGCUCUUCAGGACGAGAUCAACUUCCUGAAGAAAGUCCACGACGAGGAGCUGCGUGAGCUUCAGGAGCAGAUUCUGGCUCAGCAGGUCCACGUGGAUCUGGACCUGUCCAAACCCGACCUGACCGCGGCUCUGAGGGACAUCAGGGUCCAGUACGAGACCAUGGCCUCGUCCAACAUGCAGGAGACCGAGGACUGGUACAGGUCUAAGUUCGCCGACCUGACUGACGCGGCCAAUAGGAACGCAGAGGCGCUCCGACAGGCGAAGCAGGACGCCAACGAGUACAGACGACAGGUGCAGGCGGUGACCUGCGACCUGGAGGCUCUGCGGGGGACUAACGAGUCUCUGGAGCGUCAGCUGCGCGAGCAGGAGGAGCGGGCGGCUCUGGAGACCUCGGCGUUCCAGGAGAGAGUGGCUCACCUGGAGGAGGAGAUCCAGAGCCUGAAGGAGGAGAUGGCCCGACACCUGCAGGACUAUCAGGACCUGCUCAACGUCAAACUGGCCCUGGACAUCGAGAUCGCCACCUACAGGAAGCUUCUGGAAGGAGAGGAGAGCAGGAUCACUAUUCCAGUUCAGAGUUUCGCCAACCUGCAGUUCAGAGACACUGGUCUGGACACUAAGACUCCAGAGGCUCAUGUGAAGAGGAGCAUCCUGGUGCGAACCGUCGAGACCAGAGACGGAGAGAUCAUCAAAGACACGACGACGGAGCACAAAGACCUGCCCUGAAAACCUCCACUCAAAACCUGAUUCACCACGUCUGUGAGCUCGAAGUCCACAAGUUUCAUCCAGUUUUGGGAAGUUUGGGCGAAUUCUGAAUCAUGUAGAAAUCGG